GGUAGGAAGUGUAGUCGAGAGAGUACCCGAUAUCACAUUUUAGUCACUCAGAAAUAAGCCAUGUACUGUUUAUGUAACGGAAUAUCCAGUUUAAUAAAGCUGUGGGUGGUCUGCGUGUCUCUUUUCAUAAACCAUGGAUUCGCCGGUAAAAUGAAGAUAGUCGAGGAGCCAAACACAUUUGGGUUGAACAACCCUUUUCUUGCUCAGGGAAGCAGGCUACAGCCCAAAGUGACCCCAUCUCCAGUAUCUGGCCCGGUGCAUCUUCAUCGGCUUGCUGGAAAGUGCUUCAGUCACACAGAGUCAACGUAUAAAUAUGAAUUCUGUCCAUUUCACAACAUCACACAACAUGAGCAGUCAUUCAGGUGGAAUGCCUACAGUGGGAUACUGGGGAUCUGGCAGGAGUGGGAAAUAGCAAACAAUACGUUCACAGGAAUGUGGAUGAGAGACGGGGAUACUUGUGCAACCAGAAAUAGAGAAACAAAGGUGAUAUUUGUCUGUAGUGCAAGCAGCAAGCUUGCUCAAGUCUCAGAGCCCAGUACUUGUGUGUACUCGCUAACCUUUGAGACCCCACUUGUUUGCCAUCCCCAUUCUCUAUUAGUGUACCCGACCCUGACUGACACACUGCAAAAGGAAUGGGAUGAAGCUGAGCAGGCUCUCUACGAAGGUCUCAUUACUGAGCAGGGAUACAAUAAUCUUUUGAAGGACAUCUUUGAAGAUGCUGGUCUCCUGAAGAGCGAGAGAGUGAAGGUCAAGCUGCCAGAGGUUGCAGCCAAUUCAGAAAUGCACAGCUCUUUACAGAAAUGUACAGAGGACUUCCAAAAACAGAGAGAGGAGAUUGAGAGACUGCGCGCUAUCCUCACUCAACACAAUAUUCCUUUUGACUCAAAGCCAAGUAAAGCAAAAGGUACAGUAAGUGUGACAGUAAAGGAUCAACACCUAAGGGGAGACACCGGCCUUAUUGAUCUGCACUGAAUAUCUCCUGGAAG